AUGGACACUAUUAACUCAACUAUUACCUCUACUACGUACCAGCUGCUUCGGCAGUCGGUAAUCCAAGCUCCUGAAUUUUUUCCCGUGGAUUCCGACGAGCUAUUCGUAAAGGCAGGGGUGGAGAAGAAAUUCAGGACAUUUCAUGAGAAGGAUCUAAAUGUUCCAUCUGGAACAUCAAUGAAAGUGGCUGUAGCAUAUCCGACUGACAAGAAACCGAAGAUCGCACCUCUUCGAGAGAAAACUAUGUCUUACAUCAAGCAGCUUGAAAGAGAAAGGGGUCUAUCGAUCCAAAUCACGGAAUUUUUCUUCAAGGUGAAGGACACUGGCGUUGGAGAACAGCCAUUGCAUCCAGAGGGUUUUGUUGGCGCACUCAACCGCAUUUAUUACAUCCAAGAUUCUCUACUAGGAAACCGGAAAUGGGAGCAGGCGACAUUCACUCAACCCGCCAUUCAAGACUUUUGUCGUAUUAUCAUACCCUCAUUGGAAAGCGAUCUUUACAGAAAUCCAGAAUGGAUGUAUGACAAGCCUAAUGUGAUUUUCUACGAGUGUAUGACUGGACAUUUUGUUGCGGGCAUGGGGACAGGUCCAUGUGUUGAAGAAGACAUUCUUCAGCUAGCGCAAAGACUGGGAGUUGCCUUCUUCGAUGAUCCUGGAGCUGUAACAUACGGCAAAAUGUUGCAGGCUUUAUUCCCGCAGUCGAAGAUUGACCAUGCGGAUUGGCAUGGGGUUGUGUGCCGUCAUCCAGGGACUGGCGAGGAACGUGACCGAGCUUCCUUCAUAAAGGAGCUGUGUGAAGCUUUGAGCAGGGAGCUGGCGGAAUUCUGUGAGAAGGUCUUCAAGAAGAUGUUGUGA